AUGUUUGGAUGUCACAUGCAAAGAGAUUCCACCAGUUCCAUUAUCCUCUUUUCAAGGCUUCACCACCUUUGGGAAGAAGAAGUCUUAAGGUGAGGGAUUGAAAAAGCUUCAGUGCUUCUGGUGAUGCUGAGGUUCCAGAGAACAAGGUUGAUUUUCGAUGCACUUCUGGGCAUCUGCUUCUGCACCAGUGUACUCGGGCCAACAUUGAUUAUACCAAAGAUCCUGGAAUAUUCAGAAGAGCAGUCAGGGAAUGUUGUCCAUGGAGUGGGACUCUGCUUUGCCCUUUUUCUCUCCGAAUGUGUGAAGUCUCUGAGUCUCUCCACCAGUUGGAUCAUCAACCAGCGCACAGCCAUCAGGUUCCGAGCAGCUGUUUCCUCCUUUGCCUUUGAGAAGCUCAUCCAAUUUAAGUCUGUAAUACACAUCACCUCAGGAGAGGCCAUCAGCUUCCUCACUGGUGACAUAAACUACCUGUUUGAAGGGGUGUGCUAUGGACCCCUAGUACUGAUCACCUGUGCAUCGCUGGUCAUCUGCAGCAUUUCUUCUUACUUCAUUAUUGGAUACACUGCAUUUAUUGCCAUUUUAUGCUAUCUCCUGGUUUUCCUGCUGGAGGUAUUCAUGACAAGAAUGGCUGUGAAGGCUCAGCAUCACACGUCUGAGGUCAGCGACCAGCGCAUCCGUGUGACCAGUGAAGUUCUCACUUGCAUUAAACUGGUUAAAAUGUACACAUGGGAGAAACCAUGAAAAAUCAUUGAAGACCUAAGAAGGAAGGAAAGGAAACUGUUGGAGAAGUGCGGGCUUGUCCAGAGCCUGACAACUACAGCCUUGUUCAUCACCCGCAUGGUGGCCACAAUGGUCUGAGUUCUCAUCCACACAUCCUUAAAGCUGAAACUCACAGCGCCGAUGGCCUUCAGCAUGCUGGCCUCCUUGAAUCUCCUUCGGCUGUCAGUGUUCUUUGUGCCUACUGCAGUCAAAGGCCUCACGAAUUCCAAGUCUGCAGUGAUGAGGUUCAAGAAGUUUUUCCUCCAGGAGAGCCCUGUUUUCUAUGUUCAGACAUUACAAGACCCCAGCAAAGCUCUGGUCUUGGAGGAGGCCACCUUGUUGUGGCGACAGACCUGUCCCGGGAUCGUCAAUGGGGCAUUGGAGCUGGAGAGGAACGGACACGCUUCUGAGGGGAUGACCAGGCCUAGAGAUGCCCUCGGGCCAGAAGAAGAAGGGAACAGCCUGGGCCCAGAGUUGCACAAGAUCAACCUGGUGGUGUCCAAGGGGAUGAUGUUAGGGGUCUGCGGCAACACGGGGAGUGGUAAGAGCAGCCUGUUGUCAGCCAUCCUGGAGGAGAUGCACUUGCUCGAGGGCUCGGUGGGGGUGCAGGGAAGCCUGGCCUAUGUCCCCCAACAGGCCUGGAUCGUCAGCAGGAACAUCAGGGAGAACAUCCUCAUGUGAGGCCCAUAUGACAAGGCCCGAUAUCUCCAGGUGCUCCACUGCUGCUCCCUGAAUUGGGACCCGGAACUUCUGCCCUUUGGAGACAUGACAGAGAUUGGGGAGCGGGGCCUCAACCUCUCUGGGGGGCAGAAACAGAGGAUCAGCCUGGCCCGCGCCGUCUAUUCUGACCGUCAGAUCUACCUACUGGACGACUGGGUAGAAGAAGAGAGCAACUUCCAUUUUUCAAACAUAGGUGGGGCACUGAAGCUGGAAAGUGAAAAGCUGGCACAGGAUCGAAGCCAGAGACAGAAGGAAGCAGAUCAUGUGAUUGGCAGGCAUACCAUUUUUCUCUUCUUCUACCCUGACCCAGUGCCGGAGCAUCAGCUCACACAGGAGGAGGAGAUGGAAGAAGGCUCCUUGAGGUGGAGGGUCUACCACCAUUACAUCCAGGCAGCUGGAGGUUACAUGGUCUCUUGCAUAGUUUUCUUCUUCAUGGUGCUGAUCGUCUUCUUCACGAUCUUCAGCUUCUGGUGGCUGAGCUACUGGUUGGAGCAGGGCUCAGGGACCAGUAGCAGCCGAGAGAGCAAUGGAACCACAGCAGACCUGGGCAACAUGGCAGACAAUCCUCAACUCUCCUUCUACCAGCUGGUGUACGGGCUCAACGCCCUGCUCCUCAUCUGUGUGGGGGUCUGCUCCUCAGGGAUUUUCACCAAGGUCACGAGGAAGGCAUCCACGGCCCUGCACAACAAGCUCUUCAACAAGGUUUUCCGCUGCCCCAUGAGUUUCUUUGACACCAUCCCAAUAGGCCGGCUCUUGAAAUGCUUCGCAGGAGACUUGGAAGAGCUGGACCAGCUCUUGCCCAUCCUUUCAGAGCAGUUCCUGCUCCUGUCCUUAAUGGUGAUCGCCGUCCUGUUGAUUGUCAGUGUGCUGUCUCCAUAUAUCCUGUUAAUGGGAGCCAUAAUCAUGGUUAUUUGCUUCGUUUAUUGUAUGAUGUUCAAGAAGGCCAUUGGUGUGUUCAAGAGACUGGAGAACUAUAGCCGGUCCCCUUUAUUCUCCCACAUCCUCAAUUCUCUGCAAGGCCUGAGCUCCAUCCACGUCUAUGGAAAAACUGAAGACUUCAUCAGCCAGUUUAAGAGGCUGACUGAUGCGCAGAAUAACUACCUGCUGUUGUUUCUAUCUUCCACGCGAUGGAUGGCGUUGAGGCUGGAGAUCAUGACCAACAUUGUGACCUUGGCUGUUGCCCUGUUCGUGGCUUUUGGCAUCUCCUCCACCCCCUACUCCUUUAAAGCCAUGGCUGUCAACGUCGUGCUGCAGCUGGCAUCCAGCUGCCAGGCCACUGCCAGGAUUGGCUUGGAGACAGAGGCACACUUCACGGCUGCAGAGAGGACACUGCAGUACAUGAAGAUGUGUGUCUUGGAAGCUCCUUUACACAUGGAAGGCACAAAUUGUCCCCAGGGGUGGCCACAGCAUGGGGAAAUCACAUUUCAGGAUUAUCACAUGAAAUACAGAGACAACACACCCACCGUGCUUCACGGCAUCAACCUGACCAUCCGCAGCCACAGAGUGGUGGGCAUCGUGGGAAGGACGGGCUCUGGGAAGUCCUCCUUGGGCAUGGCUCUCUUCCGCCUGGUGGAGCCCGUGGCAGGCCGGAUUCUCAUUGACGGCGUGGACAUUUGCAGCAUCGGCCUGGAGGACUUGCGGUCCAAGCUCUCAGUGAUCCCUCAAGAUCCAGUGCUGUUCUCAGGAACCAUCAGCUCUAAAACGGAGGGAAACAAUACAUGCUACAAUGUGGAUGGACACGAAGUGAAAGAUGCCAGACAGAAGGACACAUACUACAUGAUUCCACUUAUAUGA